AUGGUGGCCAUAUACGUGACAAAAGUGCACCUGCCGGCAGCAGUACUUUGGAGGUGUUUUGCGAAAACGAUACUGCUUCUAUUGGUUACCGGAAGGAUAAACCUAACCACGGGCAGUUCCAUCAUCGGCGACGAAAAUGGUCCAUUGAUAGAGGUCCAAACGGCGGUCGGAUUAGACGUGUCCUUGCCGUGCGAUUUGCUGCCAACCACCAUGACCAUGAUGACGGACAAGGUCUACCUGGUCAUCUGGUACAAAGAGGGCAACACGAAGCCAAUUUACUCCUUCGAUGCACGGGGUAAGAGUCUUCAGCAGGCCAUCCACUGGUCCGACGAGGCGGUGCUCAAAUCCAAGGCGUACUUCUACUACGACACCAGCCCACCGGCCCUGCGGAUCAAGGGCGUCAAGCAGGAAGAUACCGGCCUGUACAGAUGCCGAGUGGAUUUCCACAAAUCGCCCACGAAAAACUGCCGGAUCAAUCUGGAUGUGCUCGUGCCACCGACGAAGCUAACCAUCCUGGACGAUCAGGGGGCGGCCGUACUGAACAACGUGGUCGGACCGUACCGGGAGCAUGCGGACACUAAUCUGACCUGCAUCUCGAGCGGUGGCCAACCGGCACCGAAGGUAACCUGGUGGCGGGAGCAUGCUCUGCUGGAUGAUUCGUACCUCGUGCUGCCGGACGGUACGGUAAAGAAUGUCCUCUAUCUGGAGAAGCUGUCACGCCACGAUCUACACUCGGUUUAUACGUGCCAAGCAAGCAACGGUCACGUCGUGCCACCACUUUCCAGUGCCGUCAAGUUGGACAUGAAGCUGCCACCCCUGUACGUGCGGAUGCAGGGCCUGCGGGAAACGUUAACGGCCGGCGUCAAGACGCAAGUAUCCUGCAUCACGGCCGGCAGCCGACCGGCACCGAGCGUUGUCUGGACGAAAGGAUCAUCCGUCAUCCGUGGCUCAUCACAAACGACGUCCAACGACGGAAAUGUCACCGUAUCGGAGCUGGUGUUCGUGCCCGGUCCGGAGGAUAAUGAAAAAUCAAUUACAUGCUCAAUUAGCUACAGCGAGGGCGACGGGCCAACGGUGCUGCUGAAGGAUACCCACGUCCUGAACGUCAAGCACGUUCCGGUGAUAUCGCUUGCGCUCGGUGCGCCACUAAACUCCCAGAACCUGAUGGAGGGUUCGGACGUGUAUCUCGAGUGUGACAUCAAGGCAAACCCACCGGUGAAGAAAAUCGAAUGGUUUCACAACAACAAGCUGCUCCAGUCCGCCCGUGGGAUCAUCGUUUCCAACCAGACGCUCGUCCUGCAAAGCAUCACAAAGUCCACCCAUGGCGAGUACAUGUGCCGUGCCUCGAACAGCGAAGGCACCGUCAACAGUAAUCAGCUCUAUUUGGAUAUCAAAUAUCCACCGGUGUGCAAAUCGGAAGCGCAAAUAAUCCGUGCCGCGGUAAAGCAAACGGUGAACAUAACCUGCGAUAUUGACGCUAACCCGAUGCCAAAUCUGUUGUUCCGAUGGCAGUUUAACAACUCGCUCGAAAGCAUGCUCGAACUGCCCCCGUACACGAACGUGGAGUCGGAAGCAGCUAACCUGGCGCUGGCCGAGAUCGACCUCGAGACGAAUCACAUGGGCCCGAGCCUGGAGGAGAUGGUGCGCAAGAAGCUGGAGCGGCUAGAACACUCCGUACGGCAGCAACAGCAGCAGCAGCAGCAGCAACACCAUCAUCACCUGCUGCACUUGGGUUCGCAUAAAGAGGAGGUACCGUUGGUCGAUGGCCAGCUGUACAUGUAUCGGGUGGAUACGUUCAACAGCUUCGGCACAAUCACCUGCACGGCGACAAAUUCCUACGGUCAGAGUGGUCACUGCGCUUAUCACAUACUCGUUGCCGAUGUUCCCGAUCCCAUCAAGAGCUGCACCGUGUCGAAUGUGACCGCGUACACGGUACACAUAUCCUGUGUUGCCGGCAAGGACGGAGGAAUACCUCAACAGUUUCACAUCGACGUGUUUGAGGAGUCGAAGCGAAAGCUGCUGCAAAGCGUCAGCUACCAGAGCCCCGAGAUGCUGCUGAAGAAGCUGCCAAGUGACACGAAGUUCAUCAUCAAGAUUACGCCCUAUAACCUGCAAGGUACGGCACCGACAAGCUACCGGGUGAAGGCACAAACACUGCCGGCGCCGCUGUUGAGAACAGCUCCAUCCAAGGCAGUGCUCGUGCAGCUAACGCCUCUACUGGGGGCUCUCGUCGGGGCAGCCGUGACACUCUGCCUGGUCGCUCUGUGCAUCAUCGUUUUCGUAAAGUUCAAAACGAAGAAGAAACAUCACCAAACGGCAAAUACCGAGCAGGAUAAGGGUAGUGCCGAACCGCUCAGCCGCAACAUCGGUAGUCACUCGAGCAUCGACGACAAGAACCCGGACGUGAUACCGCACGAAAAUAGCGAGGAUGACGACGAAAAGCAGUUCGAGCGGUUAGCACUCAACGCGGACGGGCUCAAGUUUGCUGGCCACACGACCACCGUCCCGACGACUGGCGCGUACUCACCAACCCAUCAUCACUUGAUGUCACCCAGUGGGAACGGCUUUAAGAAGUUUGGCGAACUAUCGCUCACCACCAAUCCGGGCUACGCGAUAUACAGCUCGCCGAUACGUAGCUACGGCAAACCGAGUCCUGGGCAGCAGCUUGGCUCGUUGCUGCUUUCCACCACGACCGGUCCGCUGGGCACGACCACCACAACCACGAGUGCCCCGACGGGGACCAGCCUGCUGCUAGCGUCCGGCGUUCCGGGGCCAGUCACGACGCUACCGACGCGCACAUCGCCCAACAUCUACACAAGACUGCCACUGCGAGACUUUACACCGAACAGCUACGACAGCAUGCUCAGUACCUCGCAGACCACCUCCUGUUCGUCCUCGUCGAACGGUGGGUACGCGACGUCACAGAUCUACACCGCCAAGAUGCCACUGCUGACGACCAACUAUACCGCGCUGGAUAGUACGGGGCCCGGGCUUGGGCUCGGUGCGGACAAGUGUUGA